CCGGAUCGCUCCACCCAUUCAAGCCACCUCUCCCCAUCAUAACAAUCUCAUCUUUUUCUCCAUCCUCCCAACCUCACCCAUCUUCACCAAGAAAACACCCCCACAAAAACAAAAACCAUGCGAUCUCCAAGCGACCCUCUUCUCGCCUCCGAAGCCCAACCACUCCCUCCAGGCCAAAUCUAUCUCCCCGACGACGAUGAAAACACCCAAUCCACCGAGCCCCUCAUUGCACGCUGCCGCCGGUCGGCCCGCAACUACCUCUCCUCCCGAUUCGGUCACUACCUCGUCCUUUUCCUUGUCUCUGUAGAUGUUGCCUGUGUUUUUGCUGAUUUCUUGAUUGAAAUUCACGUCUGCGAACUGGAGAAGAAGUACAAGCAUGUGCCUUCCGGGUGGGAAGAUGCUCAGGAGGCGCUGAGUAUCACUGGGCUGGUGUUUUCGUGUCUGUUUAUGCUUGAAUUGGUGGUCGCUGUGGGGAGUUUUGGGAUGAGUUACUUCUCAUCCAAGUUCCACAUCUUCGAUUCAGCUGUGAUCAUUGUUGCUUUCGCCAUUGAUGUGGCCAUGAGAGGGUUGGUCGAGGAACUGGGUUCCUUGGUCGUGGUUUUGCGGUUGUGGCGCGUGUUUAAGAUUAUCGAGGAGUUGGAAUCCGCUAGUGCGGAUUCUUUAGAGGAGUAUGAGCGCGAGAUUGAUCGGUUGAAGGAGGAAAACUACCAGCUUCGUCGCAGGGCGGAGUAUGGGGGUGAUGGGGUGAAUUGAGCUUGGCGUGGUGUUAAACUACUACCCAGAUAUGUAUAUGUGUGUAGGGUGUGGGGUAGACUGGCUGGUGGGCUGAGUGGAUGAUUAGAAGGGCUCUAUGUAAAUGGCUGGAGGCAGUGUAGAGGUGAUCUGCAUGGGGGAUUCCGGGUAUAUAGUCCUUGAUUGUAU